AAGAUCAUCGAGCUUCCAAUCCAGGUCCUCACUCAUCACCGGUGCAAUACGUGCGCGAGUACAAAACCGCACAGACAUGUCGACGGUGGAGGAGGAGCUGUCCGAGUGCGAGGUGCUGUGGCCGGAGACGCGCCACGGCGCUCCGGGGAGCGCGUGGGGGCCAUCGACGGCGGCUCCCAGGGCCUCCAGGGACCGCCGGCAGUGCUCUGCGCCGGUGGACAUUCCCAGGGCCGCGCACCUGUCCGGCGGGCGCGCUGGCCUGGACGACGACGAGGAGGAGGAGGAGGACGGCGCCAUGGUGCCGCCGCACCUGAUGGUGUCGCGCAGGUGGUCGGAGGGGAAGGCGGCGGCGGCCUUCUCGCUGCGGUCCGGGCCCGGGCGGGCGCACCGGGACCUCAACCACCUGCGCAACUCCGUGCUGCGGAUGACCGGCUUCAUCGAAGGGUGACGGACGAGGCGGACCCGUCAUCUGUGCAUAUGUGCGAGAAAAGUCAGUCACCACGCGUCUUUCCGACGGUGUUGGCCGGUCAAUUUUGUUCGGCUCAUCUUCCCCGUGGUUGCCAAUCAAAUUAAUUAAUUUGCAUCCCUUGGUUGAUGCAAAUCGGCCAGUAGUGAGUUAGGAUUUUUUUUUUUUGGAAUGGAAUAGUAUACAUUUUUUUGAAUAAUCUACGACUGUACUACUCCCUCCGUUCAAAAAUACUUGUUAUCAAGAUGAACAGAAAAUGAUGUAUUUAGAACUAAAAUACAUUUAAAUACAUCCUCUUUUAUUCAUUUAAUGAAAA